AUGAUGUCGGAGGUCCAAAAGAGGGGUGGGGGGGUGAGUCUCGGUGACGGUGUUUAAAGUCUCCAGGUUUCUGUGAUAAUCUAUUUAUUGCCAGUAAGGAUGCCCAUUUCGGUGGGAAAAUAAUGAUGAUGAUAAUAAUCUGACGGUUAUUAUUGUCUUUUCUUUUCCUUUUUUAAUCCACCCGGUUUACUUGCAGCAAGAGAAUGUAAUUACUUUACUGCGGUCCUUAAAAUAAAACAUUCUAAAGACUCGACUAAGGCUUCUUCAUGAAUAAUUUAUAUUACUAAUUUAGAAGAGGAAGGGGGAUAUGUUCUUUUGGAGGGAAUAUACAUAUCAGACUCUUUCUUGAGGGAUUCAGGGAUUCGUUUUCCCCUCCCAGAGGGACCAAGCUCCUUGCAUUUCUACGUCCACAUAGGAUUUCUUUUUUUAAAAAAUUACUAUCACAUCAAAUACCCUAGACCUCCCCCAACCCCCGCCCCCAGACAUACAGACAUUCAGCAACAGCAGCAGCUAUCGAGGGAAAAAAAUUAAUACACACAGGCCUGAAAUCUACCAUGAAGGCAUAACGUUAGGUAGGAGAGAAAUGUUUCGAAAUUUCUCCCCCAUCGUCUUUGGAGGCUCCUGUCUUUGAUCUAAAGGCAUUUUGGAUAUUUCUGCAGAACCAGCGGAACGCUCCUUUAAUAAUCCUUUGAGAAUGGGGUGCUCAAAGAAAGUCGAAUCCGAGCUGAGAUGGCGCUUGAGCCAGUUCAAGGUCACUGUCUAGUGUAUUAAAUGGGCUCUACAUCUUAUGCAAAUGACUGUCUUGAAAGAACACCAGCUCUUGCCAGUGAGAGAGAAAGGGAGACAGAGAGAAAAAAGACCCUCACUGGGUGGGGGGACAGCUUGCUCUUCCCCGUCGACUCUUUCCAAAGCUUUGUUCCAAUGUUAUCUUCAGCAUUCUAAGAUCUGCAAUAAAGUAUAUAUUUCUCUCUCUCUCACACACACACACUGAUUAUAGUCCCUAUGCCCUCAACUUUUCACUUUCUUUAUUUUUAGAUUUCUGCUUCCAGCAGCUCUUUACCACUGCCCAAGCUUCUCCCUAUUAAAACCCCCGCAAGUUCAUAUAGUACCAUCCCAUACCUGAUUCCCCAAAAUGUUGUUUAAAAUUACAUUAAAAAUGGACUCAGGAAGACCUGGCAGUUGCUGGAAGAAAAUACAAUUGAACUUAACCUUCUAGCGGAAAAUUCCUUUCCCCAACAUAAAAACUAUACCGCCUUCCAUUUCCCCGCUUCCUUUUUAACACCCAGUUGACAUAGUCUCAACUUCUCUUUUGUGAGUAUGUUACCAGGCAAAACCCAAACUCCGCCUGCAGUCCUAAUUUAAUUGAAUGGCUUGAUCACUAAAAUUAAAAUUAAAAAAAUAAACAACAUCUCAGACCAUCUACUGACAUCAUUCCAGCCUUGAAAAUGUCCUUUUUGAGACUAACAGAAUAUACUUAUUAAGAGUGGACCUUACAAGUGGUCUCUAAAGGUUGAAAAGGACCACCAAUGUUUAUUGAAAUUAUUCUCUUUUAGCUAUCUGAGUGUGAAAGCUUGAAUAGAUCAAAUUGGAUCGUUCUUAUGAAAUGCAGACGGGGAGAAAAGAUGGAAGGGAAUAACAGAAUGAAAUAGAUACAGCAAAAGAAAUGGAGAGAGAGUAAAUUCUUUGGAAAGCAUAUAUAAAAUUAGAUUUAAAAGCGUUUUGCAUGGACUUUGAAAUCAAAUUAGAAGUUCCGUCUAUAGUCUCUCUCUGUGCAUUGAAGAGUUAAAUGCUUAUGAUGCAGCUACAAUUUCCCCAACACUGCCAGCAGAGGCUAUCAUUCUCCUGCUGGAUUUAUGUAAACAACUGCCUGCAUCUUCAGUGAAGCAAGAGUAUAUCCCAUAGAAGGCGAAGACAAAAUAAUUAUAAGGGUUUCCUUUGUUUGGAGGGAUGUUUAUCUACAUCUGUAUAUCGUCCUGCCUUGCUGUGCAAUGUGCUUUUAUGGAGCAGAGAAAUCAAUUUAAUUCUAAAUACAUUGAAAUAAAUCUCCUUGCUCUCAAUUGGGCUCAGUUCCAAGCAGAAAACUUUGGAUCUCAAUAUCCAAAAGUUUUCUCAAACUUUUGUUAAAGGGUGACAAAAUAAAGCAAUCUAAGGCAACUCUCUCUCUCUCUCUCAUAGAUCUAUGGAUUUAUGGAACAUACUUCACUGGUAUGGUGUGCAUAUCUGACCCUCUUUUAUUAAUAAAACAAUUCUAAAUGUAAUUUCCUGGACUGAGGGUACGAAGGAAGGAAGAUGAUGAAGAGUACAGCGAUUUAGCAACUUACCUCAGCUUAUAGCUUGGUGUGAGAGCAAGCUCCCCCUCCCUCCGUACAAAACAGCAACUUUAAAAACUUUAAAAAACAACAACUUCAAGUGCAAGUGAUACAUGACUAGGAAAUGGGAAAAUAGAGGAAAGAGGGGGCGCCUUUUACUAUAAAAGGCCAUAGUUAAGAAGCUACUCAAAGCACUUAAUACAAAGGAAAGAAAAGGCUAAACCUGGGAAGCUUCCUUUUCAUGCCUUUAUUGUUGGUCAUUAGGCCGUCUGUCUAGACUUGAAAUGACACCUUGUUUAUCUGUAAACAGAAGCAAGGGACACUUUGGAGAAGAUCAGCCCCUGCGUUGCUGCUAGAAGAUCAAGUCCUGAGUUGUUGCAGGAAGAUCAAGGCUCUAGCCUUGUUGAGUAUUAUGCGCGAAGCUCGUGAUGUCAAGGUCAAAUGGGCCGCAUAGUCACGGUCAAGGCUAGCCCAGCAGUGACGUUAUAGCGUUCCCAACCAACACCAACGACCAGCAAACUUACUCAGCACAAGGUGGACGGUGGACGGUCCCUGUGCAUUCAGGGAGAAACGGGAAGGAGAGGGGAAACAAGACCAUCUUCCAUGUCUGUGAAAUCCACUGACAACCCCGCCUCCUAACUCCCCACCCCGAAAAGGCUGAUAAUUCUGGGUGCAAAUACAUUAAUUAGAUUACAAACAGGUUCCAGGCCCACAGCACUGGUCAAUUUUACUGGUAGGUUUGUCGGAGACUAGGCUUCACUUUUUACAAUAUCUUUUCUCCUUCCUCUUCUUCCUCACCAAUUCUGCCUCCCCAAAGAUGGUGAAGGUUGUAGAGACACGAGUGCUUCUUUACGAUCACAGGUGCCUGUUAAAGCUUAGAGAAGGAAGGAGAACAAGAGGAAGUAAACUUUAUACAGCCGUGAGAAAAGUAAUGGCGGAAACGGACCUAAGAGGGUACCAUAACAUGAUGCAGAAGUCUUUUGAUUUCCUCGAACCCUGGUCCUUAAGGUAUCUCUUUUAUUAGGGGAAGGAUAGAAGGGUGGAUAGAUGGAAGGAGGCAAACAAAGACAGACAGACAGACAUAUAUACCUAUAGGAGAGUGUGCGUGUGCGCCUGAGCAGACGCUUUAUUCCAAGCAGUUUUAAUGUUUUUAUAAAGUUUCUUCAUUUGUGUACAUUGACUCUUUAGACGUCCAUAUUCCCUUGAAGUCAGCAGCCAAUGUGCCUGGUGUUGGUGAUUCUGGGACGCACUUCAACGCCCUCAGAAUGUUGUUUCUGGCUUCAUCCAUUGAUCACUUUCAUACAACUCUUCUCCGGAUUGCGACACUUAGGAUGCGGUAGGAAGUGAGGUGAGUUCUGGUACAAUUCAAAGCAACACAAUUCUGCAGCACCUUAAAAGACACUGUUGCUCAAGCCCUUCGCAGACUCCACUUCGGGAGAUAUUCUCAAGGGGUCACUUAAGUUGUUAUAUAGGUAAUAAACAUGGGUGCCGAGCGAGUUUUACGAAGUGGGUCUCCCAAAGCUAAGAAAACUCGAGGCUAGUCCAAGACACAACACAUUUCCAUGCCGAUCACAGAUGUACAUUUAAAAUUAUUGUGUGUGUGUGUGUGUGUGUGUGUGUGUGUGUGUGUUUAAGUUCAGUAAAUAUGGGGAGAGAGCGAUAUAGUAGUACACAGAAGAUCCGAUUCCCAUCUAGGGGAUACUAUUGAAUGGUCUGGAAGAUGCCGAGUCCUCUUCUGGCUGUAACAUCUCGAGUUAUUAUGAACUCCAAAAGAUCAAUGAAGCCCCUUUCCAAUCAGCCUGGAUCGAACGGAUAGCGAUUAGGGUUUGAGUGAAGUAGGAUGGAGAGAGUUGCCACCCCUCCAAUUGCAGGGGGCUGGACCCAGGGAUGCUGCCCUGUGUCCUUCUCAACUUAACCCAAAGCAAAGUGCUCAACAAGAUCUGAAGAGGAGCGACUGGAUCUGUCAACCUGGUAGUGUGUGAAGUUGGUAGGAGUCGCACCCCGAUCUUCAACAUACUUAGGUGGAAGUAAGGGUGCCUUUAAAUAUAUCCUCGAAGUUAACAUUAAAGGGAGAUACGUUAAUACGUUAACCCACAUCAUGCAAAGUCUAAGGCUGCAAUCCUGUGCAAGGUUCGGAGUGAGCCACAUGGAAAUCACUGGGGAUUUGCUUCCGAGUAAGCACACAUAUAAUUGGGUUGCUUAUUCCUUCAGUCAAUGGGUCUGAACUCCCAGUUCAUCAUUUAAAAGAUCAUUUAUUUUGAAAGGUUUUAGGGGACUAACUUCCCUUUAAUUUGCAGAAUGAAGUGGACACCAGUUUUAAGAAGAAAACCCGAGUCUGCAAUGGUAGACACGCUUACCUAGGAGUCCCAGUGAACUCAGUGGGUCUUACUUCUGAGUAGACAUGGAUAAAUCAGCUUCAAGAACUCGGGCAGAAUUUGAUGGGCAACAUUUAGUGCUGUUGCCCCACGUCCUCCUAUUAACUUGGGGGGGGGGGGACGGCGGAUAGAAGGGCCAUCUAAUACGUUUGUAAACCGCUUCGAGGUAUUUUCUUACAAUCUAGCGGUAUAUAAUAUGUAUGUAAUAAAGCAAACAAAAACUAAAUUUCACCAGGAGCUCAGAGAAACUACAAGAGUUUCGUAUUUUGCGGGGGGCGGGGAGGAGAUGUUUAAAUAUGAUACAUUUUGCUCUCUUUCCCAAUUUAAAUUCUUUAUUUGGCUGUUGAUAUUGUUUUUAGACAUAAAGCGCUUUCUUUCAGACAUAG